AUGUCCCGGGACACGGUGUUAACAAAGAGAGGAAAGUGUCCACAAGAGGCAGGCAUCAGACUGCGCUGCGAUCGGGACAAUAGGAGUGCUGCCCAAGAGACUAAUAACCAGGACGGAGAGAGGAAAAGCUGUCUGCUCCCAACAUUCUGCCCCCAUGUGCCCCCGGUGCUGCGCCCAGUCCGAGGCAGCAUAAAGGUCUGUGGCAGAAUGGAUUGUUCCUGUGUUUGUGCCGGUUCCUGUCUCCCGCUGUCACCUCUGCUCUGCGACGCCAAGGUUUCCUCACAGAGCGCCCUCCUCGCGUUGGACACACCCGCUCGUAUCAGAGAAGCACUCAGGGCCCGGGCCAUCCACCGCAGCACGUCCACCUUUUGUUGUGGAGAAGGGGGAUUCCAGGCCUUCAUCAUCAUCAACUGUCCCUGGCCGUAA